UGUUAAAAAUCCCGUUGAAAAUUUUAUGGCCAAUGACUUGAUUUUUUUUGUUAUAACAAGCUACAAAUGAUAACAAUCAUAUUAAUAUGAAUUUUUAUUUAAUAGAUAUCCAUAUUAAAUUAUAUUAUAUAUAUUAAUAUCAUUUAAAUUAAACUAUGUACCAUUUAAAAAUACAUAAAUAUGUUAAUUUUGAAAUUUGCAUUGAAAGAAUAUUGAAACCUUAAUAUUUUAAUUUUGAAAUUUGCAUUGAAAAAUACCACAUCGAAAAUUUUGAGAUUAAUUGUUUAAAUGAUUUGUUACAUCAAAUAUACAAAUGUUAAUAAAACCAUAUGAGUAGAAAGUCUCAAUAAUAAAUAUUUAUAUUAAAAUAUGUUAUAUAUUUAUGUCAAUAUUUUUUUUAAUAUAAUUAUAUAACAUAUAAAAUAAAUAGAAUGAUUAUUUUGAUUUAUUUACCAUAAAUAUAUUGUAAAUAAACAAGAGGUAUUGUUCUGAUUUCUAUAAUCUCCUAUAUAUUAAUUGAGAAACAAUUGAUUACUCUAACAAGUGUAAUAUUUUAUUAAUUAAUAUUGCUCAAAAAUCUUACAAAAGAUCGAUACAACUAAGAUUUAUUUAGAAGUUAUUGAAAUCCGCUAGCGAGAACAUGGAUUUCACAACAAAUUUUUUUCCUAACUCUAACCUUCUUUCCAUUCGUCGCAACACCGACGUAGAAUAUUUGAAAGUGUCAAUCGACAAUCUGAAAUAAUACGUUUUUAAGUCAACCAUUGUUUUUUUUAAAUGGACCUAGAACAAUUUUUAAUGAUUAACUAAAUAGACCACAUACAUAGUAAAAUAUGUUUUGGUUUAAAAAUUGUUGCAUACCCAAAAUUAAUAUGAACCAUCUUCAUUUUUGUUUAAAUUUUGUCACAAUAAAAAUAUAAGAUUGAACAAAAAAUCCGAAUCCAAACAAAACGAACCAAGGCCGAUCCAAAGAAUAGUACUGAACCUUAACCAAAAUUGGUUAGAUAUCCGAAUGGAUUCAAGAUUUUGAUAUCUAGAUAACCAAAACCAAACCCGAUCCAAAUCGAAAUAUUUUAGGUAUCCAAAUACAUCAGAACAAGAUUUAUAUACUUAAAUAUGUUAAUUAUUUUUAAAUUUAAUAUUUAAAAGAAUAUACAAAAUAUAUAAAACGUUUAAAUUUUCCAAAAUACUUGGAAAUACAUACAAAUAGUUAUAAGUACAUGUUUAAAAUAGCUGAACGAUACUUAUAAUAUCUAAAAUACUUAAAAUAUCUAUUGAUUUCUUAUCCAAAUAUUUAAGCUAAACCAAUUGUUAUGUUAAGUUUAAGUAUUUCGACAUAUAUUAUUCAAAUUUAUAUGUUAUAUAUUAUUUUAUAUUUAGAUUUUGAAAAAUAUAAAGUAUAUAUAAACUUGAAUUUUUGAAAAGAAAUUCAAUAGGUUAUGUGAACCCAAACCCGAACUAAACUCGCAAAUAACCGAACCGAACCAAACUCUCAAGGAUCUGAAUCAAACCAAAUGGUACUCGAAUGUCCACAUCUAAUCAAAUGUAAAAAAAGUUAUUGAUAAAAAAAUGUAUAUUGUUUAUAGUAUUUAAGUACAAUAUAUUUGUAAAAAAAUGUACUCUGUGCAGGGUGCGGGUUAGAAUAAUUACCCUGCGCAGAGCGCGGGUUAUCAUCUAGUUAUUUUUUAGUACUCCCUUUGUUCUCGAAAGUAAAAUUUUCUAAAGUGUUCACGCUUAUUAAAAAUUCAACAAAUGUUUAUAAUUUAAUUUUUUGUUUACUUUAUUAUACAAUUUUCAAUAACUUUUCACCAAUGAAAUUUAAUCAAUUCAAAUAUUUUCAUUUAAUAUUUUUUAAAAGUAUAAAAAAGUACUUUAAAAAUAUUGAAAAUCUAUCUUUGUAGAUCAAGUAAAAAAUCUAAAACAUCUUACUUUGGGGAACGGAGGAAGUAUUAUUUACUUACUAUUAGAGUAAUUAAUUAGCUCAACUAAUUACGUGAGAUUAGGGAAAUGCUGCAACUUGACGGUGGCACCAUUAAUUCUCUUUUUUUUUUAUGACAGGUGGUUGCAUUUAUUUAGUUUAUCCCUCCUCCUAAUCUAUGAAUUUGUUUUGGUGUUUGCUAAUUAAUCAUCAGUCCACGUAAAUGAUUUAAGUAACUAAAAAAUGGUCUUCCUCCAUUAUGGAUAAUCAUUCCUCAUACUUUAUCAGCUAAAUUUGGUGUUUGCUACUUUAUUGAUUAAUAAAUUUAAUAUUAAGUCAACUUGUUUUUUCUUAUUAAGACAUCUAUUUUUGGUCACAACUUUCUUUUGUUUUUAGUAAUACGAAAGACACAAGUGUAUGGAGAAUUUGAGAUGCGCAUAGCAUUUUAGGAAAGCUUUAAACCAGAAAAAAAAAAAGAAACAGCAACACUAAAUGGAUCGUUCUCAUGAAAGAAAAGCUUUCGAUGAGAUGAAAAUAGGCGCGAAAGGCCUGGCGGAUUCAGGAAUCACUGAGAUUCCAGCCAUGUUCCGUGCACCUCCGACCAUUUUAGCAAGCCUGAAAGCAGCACGAGCUUCUCAGCAGGUGAACAUCCCCACCAUUGAUCUAAAGGGAGGAAGCGUACACUACAAGGAUCAAGACUUGACGACGCGGAGGAACGUUGUGGAGCAGAUCAGAGAAGCGGCUGAGAAAUGGGGUUUCUUCCGAGUGACCAACCACGGGAUCUCGCUCGAGUUGCAGGAGAGGAUGCUUGGAGGGAUUCGUGGGUUUCACGAGCAAGACUUGCAAGUUAGGAAACAGUUCUACUCUCGUGAUCACACUCGAAACUUUCUUUACUACACCAACGUUGAUCUAUUCACCUCUGCCUCUGCCAGCUGGAGAGACACCGUUAUUUGUUAUAUGGCUCCGGAUCCUCCCCGAUCUCAGGACUUGCCAGCUGUUUUCGGGGAGGUUAUGUUGGAGUACUCAAAGGAAGUGAUGAGUUUAGGUGAAUUGAUCUUUGAGCUUCUAUCAGAGGCUUUAGGAUUGAACCCUAACCACCUCAAGGAAAUGGAUUGCGCCAAGUCUCAGAUGCUGACUGGCCAAUACUACCCACCUUGCCCUCAGCCUGACCUUACUUUAGGCUUAAGCAAGCACAGUGAUUUUGCUUUUCUCACCGUUCUACUUCAGGACAAUAUUGGAGGACUUCAAGUUCUACAUGACCAAGCCUGGAUUGAUGUUCCUCCUGUCCCUGGAUCUUUUGUCAUUAACAUUGGAGAUCUUCUACAGUUCAUAACCAACGACAAGUUCAUAAGCGCGGAGCAUAGGGUGAUAGCAAAUGAAUCUUCUGAAGCGCGUGUUUCAGUGCCAUGUUUCUUCACCACGUUCAAGAAGGCGAAUCCUCGAGUAUAUGGACCCAUCAAAGAGCUCCUCUCAGAAGAUAACCCUCCCAAGUAUAGAGACUGUUCCAUCACCGAGUUCUCAGACAUCUUCAGUUCAAAAGAGAUCACCAUUACUAGGUUGCUCCAUCUCAGGAUCUGAAACAUAUAUCCAUCAUUGCUAUAAUCUGUCCAACUCUUAGUUACGUUUGGUCUUCCUCUUAUAAUAUGUGCCGCGACACUACUUGUAAGAUAUUUGAAAUCUUUGAAUAAGGUAUACUAUGAAAACUAAUAUUUCAUCUUCA